UCAAGUUCCAUGGCAAUGUCACUAAGAAAGACCCGUUAUUCUUUCUGGCAUGGCUUGUAGCAUCCUACGGUUAAACAAACCUUGUGAAAUCUCCACAGUUUUAACAGAGCGAAGUCGAAUGUUGUGAGAAAACCCUUCACGAGAACGGCCUUUAAAUGAAAGAAAUCUGGACGCCAUUGAGCAUGGUGUACAAUAAAACGUUAUCGCGUUCCACACGCAAAAAGUUGCGAAAAAUAUUGGCUUUCGCCUUUUUGCUCUACUGCUUGGUUUAUUGCGCCAACUCUUUCGAUCGCUCGACAACAGGGAAAAGCCGUUUACUUCCUGGUGCGGACAAUUUAUGUGCUGUUGAGUCGUCCGCAUCGCGUGGGCAGAGAAAUGAAAAAGCCCAAAAUAUUUUCUUUUUGGAGACGUCCGGAGAACCUUGUCUGACCGCACGACAAGCUUGCAGCAUCGAAUCAACAGCGCGAUCCAAUCCUUACGCUAUGAUCUCUGUACAUAUGGAAAACAGUGGGCCAACGAAGCAAGCGAAUGUGAAAAACGAACAAACCAGCCAAAGAAGAAAUUGUGCGAUUACAAACAGGCUCUUCCAGGAGUGGGAAAAUAAUGUCAAACUUGUUCGAGAAGAUUUACUGCAACAUCUUAGGAAUACACCGUUAUGGCGUCUUCAGCAGCAAGGCCGAUUGAAUCCGUCAGUUCAUCCGCUAACCCAUCGAAGUGAUGCCGUGCGAGUUGCUAUGCUUUGGAAAUACGGUGGUGUUUAUCUGGAUUUGGAUUGCCUCGUUUUCCGGCCUCUCUACUGUCUCAAGAAUACCGCCGGACUCGUGGAUUUUUUGCCGGAUUGGGUCGAAAACGGCGUUAUGGCCUUUGAAGCCAGUCAUCCGUUUCUUCAGUUUCUAAUGAAGUACAUGGUAUUCGCUUUCAAGCCAGAGGAAUACAUAAGUCUUGGUCCAGCUACGUUAACCGAUUCCAUCAAGUAUUUUUGCGAUAGAACCGAGCUUCCUGCAGAGAAAAUGUUGACUUGCCGAAAUAGCUCCAUGAUCCUUCAGUCUCCUCGUGCAUUCUAUGCUAUCAACAAUCGACGCCAGAACGCCUUUUACCAUCCAGAAGCCGACCAGUCGGACUUCGAAGAUUUGCGAUUCAGUUAUCUCACGCACGUCUACGACGCCGGUAACCGACCAUUUGUUCCGGACAAAUCUCUGUACGGCUUACUGGCCCAAGAAUUCUGUCCCACUACGUACGGCAUGGCUCUGACUGACGGUGAAUUUUAAGGAAUAAAUAAUAAUAAUAAUAAUAAAAUAAAUAAAUAAAACGAAAAUUGUUUCCAGAGUUGUGUUCGCUCAAGUAAUCAAACAUGUUUUGUAUUUAUUUUUGUAAACCAUUGACUGCGUAUUUAUUUGUGUGUCUUUCCCGUUUCACUUUAUCCCCAUAACUGAGGUUGAAUAAGAUUUCACUGUUGUUUUGUCCCGGGUUACUUCCACAAAGGAAAAGCCUUGAAAAAAAAAAAAUUACGAGGGGAAUGUUGAAGCGUAUGUACUGUAUGCGUACGCGUAAUAUGUUUGCAUCAAGAAACAAAACAGUCUGUAUCUUUUGACGAUGCCGCACCACAGUAUUUGCAAUCAGGAACUGUCUUUUCAGAGCCCGAAAAGAUGUGAUCCGCUCACAUUUGGAUCGAUAUCAACAUAUCAACAACACAAAAUAAAUUAAAGUAACCACCAUUAUAACAACACAAAAUGGUCACAUUCUCACAACAAAUGUUGGAAAUCAUAAUUUGCACGUACAAUAUAUAAA